AGGUUGUGCCGGAAAGAUUAACAUCAGUUUUUGUUGACACCAGAGGAGCCAGCAUGAGCCUCAUUUCAUAUGGCAGUGAAAGAGUUGGAUGCGGACUUAAUUCCUCUUUUGUUUGCACUGAUGUGAGCAAAAGGGAUAUUUAUCAGUUCAAGAUUAGGGGAGUAGGCUACGACCAGUUGUUAUGGAAUACAAUGAUAGUAUAACCUGCCAUGACAGAGUCACUGUCUCGUCGGGGAAUCCCUAUAUCUCCGCGGCAAUCUUCUCUGCGGAGGUACUAGGCAAUUUAAUCGCCUUGGUCCUUUUGGAGAUGCGGCGCCGGCGGCAAAUUCCAUCCUUGUUCCAGGUGCUGGUGACUGCACUGGUGACUACAGACCUACUAGGUUCCUUAUCCAUCAGUCCUCUUGUACUAGCCUCUUAUACACAAAACAGGACAUUGGUAGAUAUGAGUAAAAACAGAGCAGUAUGCGCCUACUUUGGUUUCAGCAUGACUUUUUUCAGCCUCGCCACUUUGGCCAUUCUGUGCGCCAUGGCUUUGGAGCGCUACCUCUCCUUUGGACAGCCGUAUUUUUACGAGCGGCACUUGACAAAGCGCUGCGGAUAUAUCACCAUUCCACUCAUCUAUCUGGUCUGCAUCUUCUUCUGCCUAGCACCUUUUAUGGGCUUUGGAGACUACGUCCAAUAUUGCCCAGGGACUUGGUGCUUCUUUGACAUGAACCCAAACGUGACCCAACACAAAGUCUACGUCGGUGUGUAUGCGUCAUUGGCUCUUAUCAUGAUUUCGACGACACUAAUUAGUAACUUAUCUGUCGUCUACCAUUUGAUUAUAAUGUAUCGGAUGUGCAAAGCGCACCGUGGGGGAGUUACGCGACGGAUACGGUUCUACCAAAAAUCAUUCGCUAUGACUGAGGAAGUGGAGCAUCUUCUGCUACUGGUGUUCAUAACAGUGGCUUUCGUCAUCUGUUCGUUUCCUUUAGUGCUCCGUGUGUAUGUCAACUUUACAGGCAGGUCAAAGGAGAGCCAUGCCACCGAUCUCGCUGUGCUUCGCCUGCUGUCCUUCAACUCCAUCAUCAACCCUUGGGUCUUCAUCAUCCUCAGGCCAUCAGUGCUGCGCUUCCUCUGGAGAAAGCUGACACUGAGUAAGGCCCAGAGGCCUCCAGAGGCCCCCACAUUCCCCCAGGAAAAGUCUCUCCCAGUUGGGUGCAAACUCCCUCUGCCAAGCCCACUUAUCGAGCUCCAGAACGACGAUGUGGAGGGAGUGGACAAGACAUAGGGCACGUUGGAGCGGAUCACAUUCGUCAAGUCGUUGACCAUCAUUGGUCACCGUCACUCAAAGUGUGUUGCAUUAUGGUUAUAAAAAUGGUCCGACUUGACAUGUCGACAGCAUGAAAUUACGUGAUCAAAUGUCAUGCAGUUCUUGAUGAAGUCGUCUUCAAGUCGCAGCAGUUGCUUCUCACCAACUGCACCAUGCAGCCAUUGCCUGCAUUGUGCGAGGCACUAUUGGUCAACCAAUCAUUCUUUUUUUUUAUUUUAUGACCCACGCGCAUGUGGUCAAAUACAUGACUGAAACAGGAAUCAACUUUGAACGAUUCUAAAGUUCCAGGGGAUACAAAUGAAAAGUGAUAUUUGAGAUCUCUCAAGAACCAAUGAAUUGUACACAAGUUAUGUUUCCAGUUUGUGAGUGUGUGAUAUGGGGAUACAGAAAAGUGUAUUUUGAUAUUUAUACAGACAAACUUUUAGAAACAAUAGCAGCUACAUGUUUGUUGACACUGCCAUGUUGAUCUUAGCUUUGCUGUUGGAAACUACAGUGUCCGACUUUUGGCUGUCGCAUAAUAAUAACCCUCUGACAUCAGCAGGAGCCCAAGAGGUCACAGGAAGUGAUUUGUCAGACAUCCACUGACUGGUUGAAAGGACACCCGGACACUGAAGUGCAGUGUCUUCAAUAAUAUAGGGGACAUUCACUUACUGACUUCCAUGUCAGACACUGUAGUUUCCAACAGCAAAGCUCAGAUCAACAUCAAAGUGUCAACAUACAUGUAGCUGAGAUUGGAAUACAUCUAGGAAGAGAUCAGACUUUGGGGUCAAAUCAAAUCGAAUCAAAUUUUAUUGGUCACAUACAUGUGUUUAGCAGAUGUAGUGAAAUGCUGGCUGUGGCGCUGAUAGGUUAUACCCAUACAAUAUGCAUUUGGAAUAGGACUUAGCAUUUUAAGAAUUCAUUAUGUGUCUAUUUAUAUCAUUGAUUUAUUAAAAAAGGUUUAUUAUCAGCACUUUAUAGGACUGAAAUUAAAAUUUGACCAAACUA